AAAAACAAAAAAGUUAUUCAAAUUCAAAUCUUCCCGUGAAAGUUUUACAUUUUUAAAAGGAAAGUAUGUAAAGUUAUGAAACGACAUGUCGUCAGGCGCUCGGUGGGCUACACGUCGUGUGGAACAGCUUGAAGACACCGGUCGGCUACGGCGGCGCCAAAAACAGAACGUUUCCGAAAUUUUAGCUUUCAAAUCCUUUAGAAGCGGCAUUUAAGCGAUGGAAAUCACCGGCGAAGACGGUUCAAAGUUAGUUCUACGAGAGCCAGUGACAGUAUUCGGAAGAGGCUCAGGAUUUGCUUCCAAAGAUCGAACAAUAUCUCGUCGUCACAUUUUAAUUGAAGCUAAAACCUCAGAGAACACUAAUGGAGCUCCCAUGGAGCCUAAAGUUUCCUUCGAGGUCAUCGGUAGGAACCCUAUCUGGGUUCGGAGCAGCAAAAAUGGCGAAAUCAGAACAUUUAAAAGAUCGGAAAAGGGCGAGAUGGCGCCUGGUGAGUCGUUCUGCGUGGGUGGGCAAGAACCAAUUUGGUUCGAAUUAAACAAGAUCGCUGAAUUCGAAGAAGGGAAGCAAGUUUUUUCGCGUUCUUCUGAUUCAGAUGAUAUCGAUGUUUCUGGCAUUGAUCCCGUCAAAGAAUUUGGUUUUCUUGUCAUGGGACACGAGUUUGAAUGUUAUGGCAAUCGGGUGAUUCGUGAUGUGAAAAAAUGGGACUGGUUUCUGGAUGGGCCGAGUAAAGACAGUGAUGAUGACAAUGAAGAUUAUGAGAGGAAAAAGAAGAGAGGAGUAAUCGGAAAGAGAAAAAAAGGAACAAACAGUGACGAUGAAGAUUGGACAGAUGAGAAUGAAGAUGCUGUUGAAAUGAUUACGAAAGUACAAAAGUCUCAAAGACCCAAAUACUCCACAAGAUCAAAAGAUCGCAAUAAGAUUUCUAAUGAUCAAAGAAAGGCUGCUAAAUCUAAUAAGAACUAUAAUGGAGAAGUUGAAGAAGAUGAAGAUGAUGAAACUUUAGGAGGCUUUAUUGUAGAUGAUGAAGUAGAUAAUGUAGAACAGAUGGACGAAGAUGAAGAAGAAGAAGAAUUUUUAGAUGAUGAGGAAGAUGAGGAAGAUUGAUGAAGCUAAUUGUUAUUGGCUGCUCUAACUUAGGCUUGUUCUAGAGAGUUUUGUCUUUGUACAUUAUUUACCUUUAGUUUCAUGUUUGUGAAAUAUACAAGGAUCAGUUUUGUGUUGUAUCUCAAAUUGUAGUUUGAUAAUCAUCUUCAGAGGCCUUCUUGUAAGUUGUAGUACUCUUUUGUCUCGUGUUGUUAAGAAAUUAUUCGAGGAGGCCAUGCGAGAGAAACCGUGAAAGUAUCUUAAAUUUAUACUCAAUAGUUAAGUAUUAGCAUGCAGAUUUUCUUCAUCAGA